ACAGGUCCAUUACUCCUAUUCAAGAAUCUUCUCAUUCUCUCUCCCUGGACUGGACCGACAUAACAUUACCUCACAAUCUCAUCUUAGGACAUCAAGGUCCAAAGCAAAAGGGAAAACAAAAGUGUAGUAGCCGCAUUGGUAAGUAACCGCGUUGCAUUGCCUGCACCAAGACAAAGGAGAAACAUAAGAAAAUAACUUAGCUUAGUCGGUUUAGUUUCAAUACUUAGAAAAGUGAAAACUCUUGCCAUUUUCACAUCUGGGUUAGAGAGAGAUAGUAGAAAUGGGUUACUCCAGAAAACUGGUUUCUCUCACAUUGUUAGUAGUGUUGCUGGUGACAUGUGUUAGUGGAGAAGACCCUUAUAGGUUCUACACUUGGAAUGUUACCUAUGGAGAUAUCUAUCCUCUUGGGGUUAAACAACAGGGUAUAUUGAUAAAUGGGCAGUUCCCAGGGCCACAAAUUGAUUCUGUAACCAAUGAUAACUUGAUCGUCAAUGUUUUCAAUAGCUUGAAUGAGCCUUUCCUUUUCACUUGGAAUGGGGUGUUUCAGAGGAGGAAUUCAUGGCAGGAUGGAGUAUUUGGUACUAACUGUCCAAUCCCACCUGGACAGAACUUCACUUAUGUUCUUCAAGUGAAGGAUCAGAUUGGUAGCUACUUCUACUUUCCUUCGCUUGCAUUCCACAGGGCAGCAGGGGGUUACGGUGGCAUCAAAAUCGCGAGCCGCCCGUUGAUUCCAGUACCUUUCCCUCCUCCGGCCGGAGAUUUCACCAUAUUGGCAGGAGACUGGUACAAGAGAAAUCACACUGAUCUGAGGGCCAUUCUAGAUAGUGGAAGUGACCUUCCUUUUCCUGAUGGGCUUCUCAUCAAUGGUCAUGGCUCCAAUGCUUACACCUUCAUGGUUAAUCAAGGCAAUACUUACAGAUUCCGGAUAUCAAAUGUUGGACUCACAACUUCCAUCAAUUUCAGAAUCCAAGGGCAUAAGCUGCUGCUAGUUGAGGUUGAAGGAAUCCACACGAUCCAGAACACUUAUGAUUCCCUUGACAUUCAUUUGGGGCAAAGUCUCUCUGUACUGGUCAUCGCUGAUCAACCACCGAAAGACUAUUAUAUCGUUGUCUCGACACGAUUCACUUCCCAGGUGUUGACUGCUACCUCCAUACUUCAUUACAGUAACUCAGCAGCAAGUGUUUCUGGUCCUCCCCCAGGAGGGCCAACAGUUCAAAUUGAUUGGUCUCUUGAACAAGCUCGCUCUUUCAGGAGGAAUCUGACAGCUAGUGGACCAAGGCCUAAUCCACAAGGAUCUUACCAUUAUGGUUUGAUAAACACAACCAGGACAAUUAGACUUCAAAACUCUGCACCAAUUAUCAAUGGAAAGCAGCGAUAUGCUGUCAAUAGUGUUUCCUUCAUCCCUCCUGAUACGCCACUUAAACUGGCUGAUCACUUCAAGAUCCCAGGAGUGUUCAGCCUCGGAAGCAUCCCGGACAGCCCCACCGGCAGCGGCGGUUACCUCCAGACUUCUGUCAUGGCUGCUGAUUUCCGCGACUUCAUAGAAGUUGUGUUUGAGAAUCCUGAAGACAGUGUGCAAUCAUGGCACAUUGAUGGCCACCACUUCUUUGUUGUAGGAAUGGAUGGAGGCCAAUGGUCAGAUGCAAGCAGGUUAAAUUACAAUUUGAGAGACACAAUAUCUCCUAGCACAAUUCAGGUGUAUCCGAAGUCAUGGACCGCGGUGUACAUGCCUUUGGACAAUGUGGGGAUGUGGAAUGUGAGAUCUGAGAACUGGGUUCGUCAGUACUUGGGACAGCAAUUUUACCUUCGUGUGUAUUCCCCUGCAAAUUCAUGGAGAGAUGAGUAUCCAAUACCAAGUAAUGCUCUACUGUGUGGUAGGGCUGUGGGCCAUCGAAUAUGAUAAAGGGAUUAGAAUCCUCCAAUGUCAAGUGAAAUCAUGACAAUGCUACCAAUAUUCACACGAGUCCUUCUGCUUCAUUUCCACUCAAGGCUUAACUCGAGCCAAUUUUUUGAUUUGCUUGCACCUCUCUAUCUUACUAGGCAUGUAACAUAGGUCAUAGAUUGCUCUUGAUUCUCACGUUAAAAUUAUGUACUCAUUGAUCCAUCAUGUGCGACAAGAGUUUUAUAUGUGAACUAUUCAUUAGUUUUUCUAUUA